AGCAGUGCUUUACUGAGGAGCAAAGAGCCUGAGCAAACAGUUGGCUAAAGGGAGCUUCACUUCAACCAGUCAGGACUUUGAUUCCUAACUCACUCCAACCAAUCCUGUUCACUUAGCCUCUUCAGGACCUCCAGCACCGCUAAAGAAUCAGACUGGACCAGGACAGCUUGUAUUCCAGCAGAGCAAGAACAUAGGUGCAAGUAUCACAUUUUUGAAACAUAGAAAAUGGUUAAGAUGUCUUUGCGCACGGUGGCUCUGACUGUCACCCUGCUGCUGGUGCUGACAGAAGCGUGGGCACAGAACCCAAGGAAGAGGCUGGCGCCACCCAAGCCUCCAAAGGCACAGUGCUGCGAUGAGGUGCGCUCCCUGAAGGUACAGGUGGCCAACCUAACCAGCAUCCUGGAGGAGCUGAACCGCAAGCAGGAGGCAGACUUGAUGAACGUAGUUCGGCAGAUGAUGGAGCUGGACAAGCAGAACCGGCAGCAGGAGGCCCGCGUCACAGAGGCCGAGAGCAAGUAUUCCGAGAUCAACAACCGGGUGGAGAUCAUGCAGCUACAAGCCGUGGAGUCUGCCAUUCAGACCUCGUCAGAUGCUGUCUACGACUGCGCAUCCCUGUACACCAAGAACUACAAGAUCUCGGGGGAGUACAAACUGCCUGCAGAUGACUUCCUGAAUACCCCUGAGAUCAACGUAUUCUGUGACAUGGAAAGCAAUGGCGGUGGGUGGACGAUCAUCCAGAGACGCAAGGUGGGCCUGACCUCCUUCAACCGCGACUGGAAACAGUACAAGAACGGCUUUGGCACCAUCCGCGGAGACUUCUGGCUGGGCAAUGACAACGUCUUCCGUAUGACAAGGCAACCCAGCACACUGAGGAUAGAGAUGGAGGACUGGGAAGGCCAGACCCGCUUUGCAGAGUACAGCUACUUCACAGUGAAAAACGAGUUGAACAGCUACAAACUCUUCAUCGCCAACUAUAGUGGAAAUGCCGGGGACUCUCUGCGCUACCACAACAACACCAACUUCAGCACCAAGGGCAAGGACAACGACAAAUGUGUGGACGACUGUGCUUCACUACGCAAAGGUGGUUACUGGUACAACUGUUGCACUGACUCCAACCUGAAUGGCGUGUUCUAUCGCUAUGGCGACCACAUCAAGAACUCAGAUGGAAUCACUUGGUACGGCUGGCACGGGCCCAACUACUCCCUGAAGAGGGUGGAGAUGAAGAUCCGGCCACAGAAUUUUCAACCAUAAACGCUUCGAACUUCAAACCCUGGAUGAUGUGCAUGCUUGCCGAGAGAUUUAACAAAGCCUCUGAGAAACCAAAGUCUUUCCCCUUGACCUUUGUUAUUGCCUGGAAUAUUUCUAUGGGUUGAAUGCGUAAUGCAUUUAACAUGUUUGAUUGUAAAUUGUAGUUAGUUUUGUAUUUAUCGUUGAAAUACUUUAUUUUCUUAAAAGCUUUACAGAAGCCUCUCUACCACUGUUCUGUAAGGGUAACUGAAUGUUGCUUCCCUCCAUCUGUCUCAAAGCAAUAGGGUAUAUUUAUCAGUCCUAACUCAAGCUGUCUACUAGCCUGUGGUUAAGUUGAUUACAUGUAUUUGGCAGGUAUGACAAUGCAAAAAAAAAAUUAUGAAGAUCCAUCAAGUGUUUUGCAAUGGGCCUUUGUGAGCUGCUGGAAUGGGAACGACCACCCAAUGUACUUUCAUCAGAAGUACCCGAAAGAUUUUUAUUGUGAGAGAAAAUAACAUGUAGAUUUUUGGGGAAUUGUGUCCUUUGUAAAACGUGUACAGCUCUAUAUUGUGUUGUUUUGUGGGAUAGAAAAUAAAUGUGUAUUUUUAAAAAAACAAA